CUAGAAGUCCCGCCCCUACGGACUGAGCCACAGGGAGUACUCCCUAUUUUGCGCUGUGAUUGGCGCAGGUCUCCCCGACCCCCGAGCCUUUUGGUCAAUGUAGUUCGGCCUGCAUCCGAGCAGGCGGCUUCAGCUUUUCCAUGGCAACGCUUAAGCGCCAUCGUGAAGGCUUCUGGGAAAUGAAGCUCCUAAUUAAAGAACAGCCUAUUGGAGGCUUCGCUUCCUCUUAAAGGGGCCGCUCCCAGAUUUCCUCCCUCAGCGUGUCCCGCAGGCGAUCCAAGUCCUGGGCCUCGGGCUGCCAGCCCUGAGGGGCUUCUGGGAAACACUUUUCUUCUGUGUGUGAAAUGGAGAUAUGUCCCGUCCCCCAAGGAGACUUUGUGCAGUAAUAUUAAACAUCUUUUAUUCAUCGAUCCCCAAACUAUGGUCCCUGAGUCAGUACCAUCAGCAUCACUGGGGAACUUGCAAGUUCUUGCCCCAUUACACGGAAUCGGAAACUCUGGGGUUGACCCACUCUCCUGAGGGUUUAGGAUGCUCGCUCGUAAUCAGCUCUACGUCAAAUUCCAGAGAGGAAACUUGGAAAAUACAGCUUUCCUGCUUAGCACAGGUCCAGGGACCGGGGUGCUAAGUACAUGAGAGCUGUUAGUGUUAUUGUUUCACCACCGCCACCAUCAUCAUUAUCAUGGCCAAAAGGCACCCUGGAACUACCCUUCCCAGAAGGCUCUGCGCGUGACUCCGCUUCACGCAUUGGACCUGUGAGGGCUGGCGGGGGUCGAACUUCCGGCGUCCGAGACUGUCACUUCGCUGCAGGGCGUCUGGCCACCGCGGUGUUGGGGGCUGGAGCGCGGCUCGUGGGUCCGUUUUUCCAGGAGAUUCUGGAGACCGGAGGCGAGGGCCAGAGGAAGACGUGGGCUCAGGGCCCGCUCCGCACGCGCCGUGCUUGCGGGCCGACGGCCACGCCCCCCAGCCUUGGUUUCUCCUGUGUCGCGUGGGCCCCCUGGGGCCUUCGGGCGGCUCCCGGACCCACGUGCUCUCCGGCCUCCGAGGCGUCGCGGAGGCGGUACCUUGGGCAUCUGUGCCCUUGACGGACUCGGAGACUGAGGCCAGGAGCAGGAGCGCCCGGCUCGGCCGCCGCAAGCGCAGAUUCCGAUGGCGGCGGCGGCGCAGGGCCUGAUGGUCUUUGAGGACGUGGCCGUGUACUUCUCCCGGGAAGAGUGGGAGCUCUUGGACGCAGCCCAGCGGGCCCUGUACCGCCACGUGAUGCUAGAGAACUUUGCACUGGUGGCCUCACUGGGACUCUCCGCCUCCCGACCUCGUAUAGUCAUCCAGCUAGAGUGUGGUGAGGAACCCUGGCUUCUCAGUGGGUCAGAUGUGACCCUGGCCAGGAAUGCCCAGAGGAGGCCCAGCCCUGGUUCCCAAUGUCUGGCAGAGGGCAGAGAUGUUUCUGGGGAAGCAGCAUGGCCAAGAACCUUCCAGGAUAGGCUCCCUCCGAUGCCUGCCAGGGUCUUCCCCACCACUGCUGCCUGUGAACCUGAAAAAUGCCCGGAGGCUUGGCAGGGCAUUUCCUCAUCUCAGGAGAGAAAACCCACGGGGGUCUCCGUGAUCUACUGGGAAAGGCUCCUGCUACGCCCGGGCAGCGGUGAAGCCAGCAUCAGCCUGCGGCUGACCUCCCCACUGCGGGCUCCCCUGGGCAGCCCACCCACAGAGAAAGCCCUCACAGACCAUGCAGAGCCAGGCAAGCAGCUGAGGGCCUCCGAGCUUCAGAAACCCCCUGGGAGAACCUUCCUGAGUGUCUCAGACCUUGAGGCUGGUCACACUGUGGGGGAACUAGGAAUGGGGAUGGCUUGGCAGGAGCCUCAGAGACUCUCUGUCUGCCAGGAGCCCCCAACCUGGGAUGAGCUGGGCGAGGCCCUCCACGGUAGCCCCGGCCUGCUCCCCGGGGAGAAGACCUUUGAAUGCAGGGCAUGCAACAAAGUGUUCGUGAAGAGCUCUGACCUCCUCAAGCACCUGCGCACACACACCGGGGAGCGACCCUAUGAGUGCACACAGUGUGGCAAGGCCUUCAGCCAGACGUCGCACCUGACACAGCACCAGCGCAUCCAUAGUGGUGAGACCCCCUACGCGUGCCUGGCCUGCGGCAAGGCCUUCAGGCACAGCUCCUCAUUGGUGCGGCACCAGCGCAUCCAUACCGCCGAGAAGGCCUUUCGCUGCAGCGAGUGCGGCAAGGCCUUCAGCCAUGGCUCCAACCUCAGCCAGCACCGCAAGAUCCACGCGGGUGGGCGGCCCUAUGCUUGUGCGAGGUGUGGCCGCCGCUUCUGCCGCAAUUCCCAUCUGAUCCAGCAUGAGCGCACACACACGGGUGAGAAGCCAUAUGCCUGCACACUCUGCGGAGCCGCCUUUAGCCAGGGCUCCUCCCUUUUCAAGCAUCAGCGGGUACACACUGGUGAGAAGCCCUUCACCUGCACACAGUGUGGUCGCGCCUUCAGCCACAGCUCCAACCUCACGCAGCACCAGCUGUUGCACACGGGCGAGCGGCCCUACCGCUGUGGUGACUGUGGCAAGGCCUUCGCCAAAGGCGCCGUGCUGCUCAGCCACCGGCGCAUCCACACGGGAGAGAAGCCGUUUGUGUGCUCGCAGUGCGGCCGCGCCUUCCGCGAGCGCCCGGCCCUCUUCCACCACCAGAGGAUCCACACCGGUGAGAAGCCAGUACGGAGGCGCAGAACCAGGCCUCCUUCAGGGGCCUCAUCAGAGGGCGCUCCAGGGGACCCACCCACUUCUGCCUCAGGCCCAGCAGCAGCUGAGCUGCCAAAGCCGCCAAAGCCGGCUGAGACCUAGGUCCCAGCUCCCCCCAUUCUUACCUGUAAUGAGCCUCUUCCAAGGCUGAAGGCUGAAUCCUAAGCAAAUCCACUCUGGAAAAGCCUUGUGUGUGCUCUGAAGUUCACAUGGUGACAAGAUCUGCCACUUCAGCCACAACUGCCUCUUCCAUCCCUCAGAGGUCUCAUUGCAGAACAGUCAGGAAGAUGGACAUGGAGGCUGGGACUUGGUGGGGCCGAGUGGUGGCUGUCAGAGGCAGGGGAGGCUGGCAUGGUGGUGCCACUUGUCGCAUGUUAUGACUGGACACUUAGGGGAGGAGGGGAGUGCCGGGAUGGUGUUGGAGGUGGUCUGGAGGAAUUUGUGAUGUCCACACCCAAACUGGCUGGUCCACAGAUACUCAGGAUACUCCCCCCAGGUGUCUGUUCAUCCGAGGCUCCCUGGGAGGGUGCACAGUGGAGAAGAGAUCAUGUCGGGGUUGAGUACUGGCCUUGGGCAAGGGGCUGGGCUCUAAGCCUCAGCUUUCUCUUCUAGAGAAGAGAAGGGGGGAAAAGGAUUCCAGCCUACAGAGGGUGUUUGCAGCGCCCUGAUAGACAGGUUCUUUAUAAGGCCAACAUGUGCCAACUUCCAGCUCUUGUUCUGAGUGCUGCAAGGUUCCCCCUAACAGCCCUUUGAGGUGGCUGAUGUGGCCAUUGCCCCCACUUCUCAUAAUAGGAAACAAAGGCGCAGAGAUGGGGUGUAAGUUACACUGUAGGGCCAGGCCUAGCAUCCAGGCAGCUCACCAUCCCACCCCCGCACUUGUCUGGCAACUGUGAGGGCAGAGAGAGGCCUGGCCUGGCUCCCUGCACAUGGCCGGCUGUUGGGAGGUGGAAGAGGUAGAGGUCUGCAGGGGGAAAGAGAACAAUAGCUCCCCAGCCACACUCGUCUAUACAGAUUCACAUCCAAGCCUCAGCUCUGGCCAUGUCCCGUUGUUACCAAAGUCAAAGUUACAGGAGCCUUUAUAUCCCCACUGCCCUGACAGGAAGUGACUGAAAUAAUAGGCUCAUAGAAGACAAGAUAGGGCUGCUUGCUUCUGCAGGGUCUGUGCCCAGGUGUGGCACCCUCCUGAGAUCUGCCCUCAGUGUGAUACCCCCACAUGAUGGGGACACUUGGGGUGGGGGCCAGUUUGCUUCCUGUGGCCUUUAGCAGACUAGAGUCCAUCUCGACCUCUGGCCUCACUUCCAGGGAAGUUAAUGGUCUUUUUGCUUAGGGAAAAAAGGACUAGAAAUUACAACUUGGAACUAACUUGGGAGAGACAUUGACUGUAAAUUCUUACACAACACUCUGGGAGUCCACACCUUCAGGCUCCCCUCCCACCAAGUCCAGGGAGGCUCCCUGAUAAAGGUUUCUUUUUCAAAU